UUGGCUGGUUCUCAAGCUGAUUUUCUGCUUGUACUCUUUUCACGUCCACUUCCUAUACACGAACAGUGGCAUAUUUUGGACAGACUAAUGGCUUAAUUUCUUGCAGUAGACUGACUGGGAGGGAUUUUUGGAUGAUCUUAACACGUGUAUUAUUUAGUUACAAGGUUGUAUCAAGCAGUCAAUGUUGAGGAAUGAGUUUACUGCAGUUCUUGCUAACGACGAAGUGGUGUUUUUUCUGGCUUCAGCAUUGGUCACCUUUCCAAUAUUAAGCAUCUGCAUGUUAUUUUCAUCACGUUUUAUAUAAGUUGGGAUGAAUCUCUUCUAUUGAACAAGUUGGCAUGCUCUUCAGUCUUGAAGGAAGCUGGCACGCUCUUCAUCAAUAUCUUUACUCAAGAAAGUUUAAUACUCCUGAUACAGUUGCAGACAGAAAGGGUUGUGAUAGCUACUGCAUCAACAUAAGAGUUGGAACGAUUAUAACUUCCCUUUCUAUGCUUCAGCUAAAUGGUUGGAACAAUCCUAUGUUUCCUCACUGUAAUGCCACCCUCUUUUCAGGGGUGCAUCAAGUCAAUUCCACUAAUGUUUAACAAAGUGACUUCUUAGAUUUGGUAUGUCUGCGAAGUUUUUCAUUGGUUAGGCAUCAGAGUCAAAGAUCCACUUGGAAGAAAUGUGGAAGUGUCAAAUGUUAUUUUGGUUUUUGUGGCCAUUGUCUUGUUUCUGCUAGCAUUUACUUUAAUGUUGCGUGGAGAUUAAAGAUUGUUGCUUUUGUAAAAUCAAGGAACGAGGAAAUGUGGGCAUGAAUAGGGAUUUUCUGGGCCAAGGAUUGGGGAUAUGACGAGAACAUACACAUAUAAUGAAGAAAGGAAGAUCCAAAAAAUUGGGGGAGGAAAUUAUGGAUACUCUGAUUUUCCAGACCCUUGUUGCCUAUCAGUAACAGAUGAUAGAAACGAUCCAGCAAACAAACGCAGAGGGGAAAAUGGCGAGAGGACCCCAAUGAUGCCAAGAAAAUGGAAGACACGACAUGGGAGCAAAGAAUCCAUGCUUUGACCCAUAUCAUAACCAACCCUACAACCACACCACCCCUCCAUUCUCAAUUCUUCAUAGCCGCCCAAGUUCCCUGCUACAUCCACUGGGACUACCCGCCAAUUCUCUGCACCAAACCCUCUUCCACUUUCCCAUCUCUGCAUCUCAAAUGGGCUAUCUCUCUUUUCCUCAACAAGGUCUCCAGAUUGGGUCUUCCCCGGACUUCUUGGAGGUCCAAAUGCCCGUUUCAGCUGCCCCCACCGAUCAUCCUUGCUAAAGGAGUGGAGGAAGCUCAGUGGGGUGAUGCUGAGAAGAGAGAAUAUGUGAGGAAAAGAUUGAGAAGGAAACGACUUGGGAGCAAUGUUCAUCCCUUGAUUCCAAUUCUUGUACCAAAUCUAUUGUUGUUUGCCCUUCUGUUCUGGGAUCCUGUACCAGAGUACACUUUGUAGGACUUGAAAUUGGGAAUUGUUAUUAAGCAGUAAUAUCUAGCUUUGCUUGUGCUGUCACUUGCAGUUGUUAGAUUAAUCCCUAGAUAGUAUUAUGGAACGAAGAAAUUGCAAUUGCUUGAUCAAUUUUUUGCCAAUCAUCUACUUUAGUUGAAUGGAAGUAUUUCCUUUGGAAAAUUCAGCAGGAAAAUUUGUUAAACUCUGUUGAGCGUCUGCCGUUCUUCAUUUUCCUUUGAAAGCUGUUUGGAUAUGUGCUUAGUUUCCAGAAGCUUGGGAAAGUGGGAGGAAGAGAUAACUUGGGCAUCCAACUCAUUUAGGCAUCAGUUUAAAAGGGUAACCUUUGCAAUUACAGUCUAUAAACUGUGGAGUGCUAGGAAUGCUGUGAGGUUUUUCAAGCUAAAUAUACAACUGCUACUGGGAUUAUGAAUUCCAUCAUUGAUAUGGUGUAGAAUGUGGUCAGAACUAGGGACAAAAAUUCCAGGAUGCAAGGAGAAUUGUGGAUUGGCACUACGACAGGACCCUCACUGGAUCAGUUCUGCUAGAUUUUUGGAUAGUCUGUGAACAGUCAGUUGUUCCCUUGUGUGUAGUUGUCAUUGCUUAAUGCUUAUCAUCAAUAAAAAUCUUUUUUUUUUUUUUUGCUUGAAAAAAAA